AAGAUUUGUUGUUUAGUCAUUUUUAUCACCGGGUUCUCAUUUUCUUGUUUUAUUUAAUUCCUGCACUAUUCUGUUGUUUUUUGCUUUUAUUAGCUACCAAAAGUAUUUGUUAGCAGAUAAAUUUGCAUAAAUAAAAGAAACCAUUCUUGAUUUCACAAGACUCUGGUAUUUGGUUAGCUCAAUUGUCAGCAUUCUUUAUUGAAUUAAGUUAGUGGGGUUGGUUUUUCUCUCUUCUAUUCAAGAAAGAUUGAGUCUUUCUUGGAAAAUUUUACCUUUUUUUUUAGUGGGGUUUAAUUUUUUCCAUUUCUUUAGAAUUCUUGGUAAGGGAUCAUUGAUCAAUAUGAAAUCUUUAGUGUUCUUCAAGUUGUUUAGAGUGCUGAUUUUGUCUCUGUUAUUUGUAUGUGUUUUGAGUAAGGAGUGUACUAACACUUUUACUCAACUGUCAUCACACACUUUUAGAUAUGAUUUAUUGUCCUCAAAUAAUGAAACCUUGAAAAAAGAGAUUUUUAGUCAUUACCAUUUGACUCCUACUGAUGAUUCAGCUUGGUCUAAUUUACUUCCUAGGAAGAUUUUAAGGGAGGAGGAAGAAUUUAAUUGGAUCAUGAUGUAUAGAAAGAUAAAGAAUUCUGGUGAAUUGAAAGAAAUUGAUGGUUUAUUGAAUGAGGUUUCACUCCAUGAUGUGAGAUUAGAGCCUAAUUCAAUGUAUGGAAUUGCUCAACAAACUAAUUUGGAGUAUUUGUUGAUGUUAGAUGUUGAUAGAUUGGUUUGGAGUUUUAGGAAAACAGCUGGUUUUGAGACUGUUGGUGAACCAUAUGGAGGUUGGGAGGCUCCAAAUGGAGAGCUUCGCGGUCAUUUUGUCGGUCAUUACCUUAGUGCCAUGGCACAGAUGUGGGCUAGCACCCACAACGACAGUCUUGAAGAGAAAAUGUCAGCAGUUGUUUCUGCACUAUCUGCUUGCCAAGAAAACAUGGGUACAGGGUACCUUUCUGCCUUUCCAUCUGAGCUAUUUGACCGCUUUGAAGCUAUAGAACCAGUAUGGGCGCCAUAUUAUACGAUUCACAAGAUAUUGGCAGGUCUUUUGGAUCAGUAUACUUUAGCGGGCAAUGCUCAAGCUUUGAGAAUGACUACAUGGAUGGUUGAUUACUUCUACAAUCGGGUGCAAACUGUGAUUUCGAAGUACACCAUUGAAAGGCACUGGGAUUCAUUAAAUGAAGAAACUGGCGGCAUGAAUGACGUUCUUUAUAGGCUGUACAGAGUAACGGGAGACUCAAAGCACUUAUUGUUGGCUCACCUUUUUGACAAACCGUGCUUUUUAGGGCGCUUAGCUGUCAAGGCCGAUGAUAUAUCAGGUUUUCAUGCAAAUACGCACAUCCCAAUUGUAAUUGGAUCUCAACUGCGUUAUGAGAUUACUGGUGAUCCACUUUACAAGGAAAUCGGGAUGGUUUUCAUGGAUAUUGUCAAUUCUUCCCACAGCUAUGCAACUGGAGGGACAUCAGUCAAUGAAUUUUGGUCCGAUCCGAAGCGGUUGGCGAGCACACUAAAUACGGAGAAUGAGGAAUCCUGUACUACCUAUAAUAUGCUGAAGGUUUCGCGCCACCUGUUCAGAUGGACCAAAGAAAUGGCAUAUGCUGAUUAUUACGAGCGAGCAUUAACAAAUGGUGUGCUCAGCAUCCAAAGGGGAAGAGAUCCUGGAGUGAUGAUAUACAUGCUUCCACUUCAUCGUGGUGGUUCUAAGGCUCGGAGCUACCAUGGAUGGGGAUCUCCGUUUAAUGACUUUUGGUGCUGCUAUGGAACAGGAAUUGAAUCAUUCUCCAAGUUGGGAGAUUCUAUAUAUUUUGAAGAGAAAGGGAAUUCUCCAGGCCUUUAUAUUAUCCAGUAUAUAUCUAGCUCACUUGAUUGGAAGUCCGGGCAAGUUCUGGUGAGUCAGAGUGUAGAGCCUGUUGUUUCGUGGGAUAAUCGCCUUCGAGUGACAAUUACAGUCUCCUCAAAGGGGAGUGCAUCAUCUACAUUGAAUCUGAGAAUACCAAGUUGGACAGAUUCAACUAGUGCAAAAGCAUCUCUGAACGGAGAGGAUUUGUCUCUACCCCCACCAGGUAACUUCCUAACGAUAACCCGGAGUUGGGGCUCAGGUGACAUAAUCACCCUCGAGCUGCCCAUGAGUCUUGGGACAGAAGCCAUUAAAGAUGACCGGCCAGAAUAUGCAUCGAUACAAGCAAUUCUUUAUGGUCCAUACCUUCUUGCUGGCCAUUCUAGCGGUGAUUGGGACGUCGAAACAAAGUCAGCCACUCCACUUUCAGAUUUGAUAACUCCAGUUCCAGCUGACUAUAAUUCUCAUUUAAUAUCUCUCACACAAGAAUCUGAUAACGCAACAUUCGCUCUAACAAGCACAAAUCACUCGGUUCAAAUGGAUAUGUACCCUGAAGCCGGAACAGAUUCUGCUCUCAGUGCUACCUUCAGACUCAUCUCAAAUGAUAAAGUAUCUGUCAAGCUUUCCGAACCACAAGAUUUUUUCGGGAAACUAGUCAUGUUAGAGCCCUUUGAUUUUCCCGGAAUGUUCAUAACUCAUAAAGACCAAAGUCUGGCGAUCACUGAGUCCUCAGAUGGCGAUGGUUCUUUGUUCCGUUUGGUUGCUGGAUUGGAUGAGAAGGAUGGGACAGUUUCGUUAGAAUCUGAUGCACAAAAUGGUUGCUACAUCUAUAGUGGUGUGGACUACAAAGACAUUUCAAGUGUCAAACUAAACUGCAAUUCAGAGUCCUUAAGUGAUGAAUUCAAACAGGCAGCAAGUUUUAAGUUGGGAAAUGGGAUUACUCAGUAUCAUCCUAUUAGUUUUGUGGCAAAAGGGGCUAUGAGAAACUUUGUUUUAGCACCAUUACUUAGCUUUAGAGAUGAGUCUUAUACUGUGUAUUUCAACAUUCAAUCAUAGUGGUUGUAAAGGGAGGCUAAGAGUUGGUUCAUAUAACAAUAACACUAACAGCUUGUUUGGAUGGUUGUUAUAUAUUGAAUUGUAUCGUAUUGUUAUUUUAAAUA